AUGGCAGCUCUCAUGAGCACCCAGAAUGGCCAUGCAUCGGAAUCGGCUAUCAAGUCGAAUGGAAGGAUUGAAAAUGGCCAAGUUCAGAAGAGAAAGAGCACUUUUCGGUGGACGAUAGGGCUGGUCCUACGGUUGUGUAUUUGGUAUACGAUUCUCACGCCUUUCUUACGCUGUCCCUCCAACAUUGCGGACUUGAAUGAUCGAUCGCCUCGGGUGUGCAAACCAUAUCUCAUUGCUCGGUCUCAUGUGGAGCCCUACGUCACUCCCUAUUACGAUACCUACGCUGCUCCCUACGUUGAUCAAGCCCGUCCCUACGUGGAAGUGGUUAACCAGCAACUUUAUAUCCCGGCCUCAAAGAUCGCCAAGUCUGGAUAUGAGAGAUAUGGCGCGCCUACAUUGGAAAAAGCUCAGGCAUACGGCGCCGCGCAAUGGAAGGUUCAAGUGACUCCGCGUCUAGAGGCAGCUCAAGACCAAGCGCAUCAGCUUUACUUGGUCCAGGUUGAUCCAUACAUACAGCAGAGCAAGGCAGCGGUAUCUCCUUAUUACCAGAAGGCCAACAGCGCUGCGCAGACAGUUUACUGGGAUCAUUUUGUGCCCUUUUACACCCGGUCUCAGCCCUUCAUCGGCAAGACCUACGCCACUGGUCAGGAUGUUCUGACUACCCACGUUAUGCCAGGCGCCCGCUCUUCCUGGUCAUCGGUGGUUUAUUUCGUUAACAGUUCGCUGUGGCCGCAGAUGACAGGUUUCUACUCAGAGCAGGUUGAGCCCCAACUGGUGAGAAUUGGACAGCGCCUCGCUAGCUACCGGGAGGGAAAACAUCUUCGUGCCGUUGUCGAGGACAUGGAUAACACCACGUUUGAAGAAUCCGCUUCCACGACCCUCUCCAGCACUAAGAUUGAACCCCAGACCUCGGCCGUUUCCACCAUUUCCACGGUCGUGACUCCUCCUGCGAAGCCGACACUCUCUUCCGAGGAAGAAGCGAAGCAAUCUCGCGAGCGAAUUGACUCGGAUCUUCAGAGAUGGCAGGACAAGUUCGCAUUUGCUGCUGACAGGGGAGUCGAGGAUCUCGAGGGACGCAUUGAGGAAAUCGUAACCGCCCUCAUCGCGAGCAGUGCCAAGAGCCAUGGUCAAAGCCUUUCCACUGCACUCCAAUCUGUCGCUGAGCAAAAGCUCUCUGUCGUCAAGCAGCAUAUCAACGAUCUCGCACAAUCGCUGCCAGAUGAAGACGCUCCGAAAGAGGAGAAAUCUGCUAGCGAGCAGCUUGUCAGCGAAAUCCGCAACUCUGCCAUUGCGGUCAGAGAUCGUGCUCAUACUCUUCGCGAGUGGUCCAUCUCGUUCGAUGAUGAACUCGUCCGCCGUGUUACAGCCGCUAUCAACUCGACACUUGAAGUUCUGGACAAUAUCCGGGACCUAGGCUUGCAGGAAAUUGGCAUGCGCUGGGCAUGGAUGGAUGGUGUCACUUACAAAGACUGGGCCAGAUACCAUGCGCUCAAAGCUCAGCUCGAGGACUGGCGCAACGAAAUUCGCAAGGUUGGCAUGAACCACAAGUCAGUCAUUGAGGCUAAGACCGUAGCAAGUGAGAUCUUAGGUAGCGGUAUGGAGGUUGCAGAGGACACUGCUAAGGAGCUCAUCAGACUGAAGGAUGUUGGGAUGUGGAAACUUGCUGCUCGUGAGGUCAGUGACAACUUUGAUACCCGAACCGAUGCCCCUCCGCCACGCCCGACGCCUGUGGAUGAGCCUAUGGAGUCCGAAGAGAGCUUAGAUGCCGAAGAUCAUGAGACCGUUGAUGCUGCCUCGGAGUCCUCUGAAGACGACAUUGUUACAGACGAGGAAGAUACCAGCGAGACGCACUCUGAGUCGGUUUCUUCGACUUUCGCUGCCAAUGCCGAGAAUGAGGAUGGCGAUGAUCAUGAGUCUAUCCUCAACGAUGAGCUUCAGGAAGAUCGUCACACCUCACGGCCCGCAUUCGGUGUUGCUGCUGCAGAAGCCAACUCGCAUCAAGCACCCAUUCUUGAUAAUGAUGAACAAGACGUGUUAGAAAAGGUCGCGAGCAAGGCAGAAGAUGUUUACUCGGAUGCAAGCUCUGCUUUUGCCGACUCGACCGCACAAGCUAAAAUCUUGUACGACAUUGCCAAGUCUCAAGUUUUGGGCCAGAUGUCCCAAUCUAGUGCUCCCGCUCAUUCCCAGGUUCUCUCCUCCAUUGAAUCCGCCUACUCCGGGGCCGUGAGGUACGCAACUGAAGAGUUCGAGUCCCGAAUUGGCGCUGUUUGGGCCACGCCCACACCCGCCGGACCUUUGGCUCAAAUCUCCUCUGUUGCAUCGUCCAGAUUGAGUGAAGGACUAAGCCUCGCUUCUGCGCAGUUGGCUCAGGUCACACAAAAUGCCCCUGCGACCAGCUCCGCAGCACUUCAGCCUUUCGUUCUUGAUGCCCAGCGGCGCUACUACGAGGCAGUCGGCCUGGCUCACGACCACUACACUGCCUUUGUUUCCACGGCAUCUGAAGCAGUCUAUGGUACCCCGACACCCACCCCGGCCCCUCGUGUUUUCCAAAACCUGAUUCAAGAGGCUGGAUCCCAAUACGAGCACGCCUCCUCCUUGGCAUCUGCCAAUCUUGUCGCUGUCGUUGCCUCCGCAAGCUCAGCGAUCUCCGCUGCAGACGAUGGCAUGUCUCAGAGCAUCAUUGACGACGCUUCUUCGAGAUAUAAUGCUGCUAUUUCUGCCGCUUCGGUCUCUCUCUCUCUAGCAUCCGCAUCGGCUAGCUCUGCGAUUUAUGGAACUACCCCUGGUCCACUGGAGUCUCUUUCCAGCCAGGCAUCUGAGAACUGGGAAAGCCUCGUUUCUAAGGCUAGCGAGCAUAUUUACGGCACCCCUGCUCCGUACCUGCAGCAGGUGGCUGCUGACUCGCUCUCGCAGUUCGCUGCUGUUCAGGAUGUUGUCUCUGAGCUUCUGAUUGGCAAGCAGCCCUCGUUUACCGAGAGUGUUAUGAGCAAGCUUCGUGUCGCUUAUGAGACACCUUACCCGGCUGCAGCUCUGUCAUCUGCCUCCAGCUAUGUUAGCGAGGCUUACGAGACAGCUUCUUCGGCUGCUAACGCAUAUGCUAGCAAUAUUCCUAGUGUGGAAGACGUCAUGCAAAACGCCAACGAUCAACUCCACGCUGCGGUCGAGGCCGCAAGCAUCGGGAUUUAUGGCACUCGCAAGGGUCACUACGAGAAGGCUACGGAUGCUGCGGCGAACGCUUACUCUACUGCCUCUGCACAGGUUAGUGACGCCGUCUACGGGCAGGAGCCUGGCUACGUCGAUGCCGCCAAAGAUGCUAUCGCGGAUAUCCAAUCUAAGGCUAGCGCCGCAAUUUACGGCGAGGAGCCCGGCGCUGUCGAGAGCGCCACUGCCCGCCUUGCUGCUGCCGUGCAGAGCGCCCAGGCUCAACUGGCUGAUCUUGCCUCCAGUGCAAGCAGCGUUGCAUCUGAGGCCGCUGAGACCGCUUCGUCCCACGUGGACCAUGCGACUAGCAGCGUCAAGUCCGUGGCCUCUUCAGUGAGGGAUGAGCUUUGA